AUGUCAUUGAGCGCCAAGGAAGAGGUCUGUAUCGUGGACGAGGAGAACAAUGUGAUUGGCAAGGCCGAUCGCGCGGUCAUGCGGGCGUUCAAUCUGCCACACCGCGCGUCCUACAUCGUCAUCAAGAACUCAAGUGGCAAAUUCUACGUGCAGCGUCGCACGAUGAUCAAGGACUACUGCCCGGGGAUGCUGGACCCGAUGACGGGCGGAGUGGUGCAGUUCGGCGAGCCUAUGGACGUGAACGCCGAGCGCGAAGCCGAGGAGGAGAUGGGAGUCAAGAACACCCCUCUGCGCUACCUGACCACGUUUUACUACGGAGACGACCGCAGUCGCGUGUGGGGCGGACUCUUUGACUGCACCUUUGACGGCCCGCUGGUGCUGCAGGAAGAAGAGGUGGACGAAGUGCUCACAAUGACAGCGGACGAAAUUCUUGCGCGCCGCAAAGAGUUCACCCCCGACGGCAUCUUCGCGUUCGAAAAGUACCUCAAGUUCAUCGAAGCUGAAGGCAAGUAA